GGGGGGGAAGGGAUGACUUAGACUGGAAGCCCCUGGCGGGCAGGGCCCGGGCCCGCCAGCCUUCCGCCCCUCCUUCCUCCCGACUUCCUGGCGCCAUCUGAGGCAGGGAUCGGUGAUUAAAAGCUGACUCCCGACGUAUCGGCAUUUAUUAGCCACCUGCUGUGUGCCAGGCAACGUGCUCCCAGAGCGCCAUGGCCGCCGAGCAGAAGGUGAUGAGGGCCAUCCGCGUCUUCGAGUUCGGCGGCCCCGAAGUGCUGAAGCUGCAGAGUGACGUCCCCGUGCCGGAGCCGGGAGAGGGCCAGGUCCUCAUCAAAGUCCACGCCUGCGGGGUCAACCCGGUGGAGACCUACAUCCGCUCGGGGACCUACAGCCGGAGCCCGACUCUGCCCUACACGCCCGGCACCGACGUGGCGGGGAUCGUGGAAGCCAUGGGCAAGCACGUGGACCACCUGAAGGAAGGAGACAGAGUUUUCACCACCCGGACGCUCACGGGCGGCUACGCCGAGUACGCCGUGGCAUCCGGCGACACCGUGUUCCCGCUGCCGGAGAACCUGGACUGCGGUCAGGGGGCGUCCAUCGGGAUCCCCUACUUCACGGCCUUCCGCGCCCUGGUCCACAGCGCCCACAUCCGACCCGGGGAGAGCGUCCUCAUUCACGGCGCCAGCGGAGGAGUCGGGGUGGCGGCCUGCCAGAUCGCCAGAGCUUACGGCCUCAGGGUUUUGGGCACGGCUGGCACGGACACGGGGAGGAAGGUCGUCCUGGAGAACGGCGCCCACAAGGUCUUCGACCACUGCCAGCCCGGUUACAUGGAUGAGAUCGAGGAGUACCUGGGGGAGGACGGCGUGGACGUGAUCAUCGAGAUGGCCUCCCACAUCAACCUCGCCAGGGACCUGAAGCUUCUGGCCUACAGAGGCCGCGUGAUAGUCGUCGGCUCCCGGGGCUCCAUAGAAAUCAACCCCAGGGACAUCAUGGCGAAGGAGGCCAGCAUCACCGGAGUCAGCCUGUAUUCGUCCUCCAAGGAGGACUUCACGCGGUCCCUGGCCGCGCUGCUGGCUGGCAUGGAGAUGGGCUGGCUGCGGCCGGUGAUCGGGCCCUCGUACUCGCUGGAGCGGGCCGCCGAGGCCCACCGGGACCUCAUCGAAGGCGGGGGGGCUUCCGGGAAGAUGGUUCUGGUCACGAGCUGAGCUGGGCCGGCGCCGGGGGCGCUCCCGCCCUCCCCUUGGAGCUCCUCGGGAUCGCCAGAUCAGUGCUUCUCUCCCAGCGAGGCUGCCCCGUAGGAGGACAGACCAGCGCGUCCCCGCGUUUGUGGCACGGCCGUGAUCGGCCGAAAGGAAAAUAUAAGCUGUGAACUCAA